AUUUCAACUUCAAUUGGAGUAGGGACCCCAUCAGUUUAUUGAGCAAUAUCACCUCAACCUCAACGAUCGUGGUCUGACUGUGCAGUGACUGAGGAAUAGUUCCAACUUCCUCGAACUUGUUGGUUUAGUUUCGUUUCCUUCGUAUAACGCAGCUGCUGAUCGACACAUUUCUCCAUUUUGCUGGAGUCGUUUGUCUGGCUAGCCUACAUCUCCGGGAUAAAGAGUCUGGGUCAGACACAUUGUAGGCUAUUAUAUUGGUUUGAAAAUCGAAUAAUAGAAUCAGUCAAAAUGAAGAAGGUACUUCUGUUCGUGUUUAUACUCUGCGCUAUUGUCUCAGCGCUGGCAUCUGCUCAAGAGGAUACCAAAAGAUCCAAACCGUCUGCAACUGUCUUCCCCCCCUCUGAGUUUGGCACCACGUCCAACACUGCCACUACCACAACCUCUACUACAACUACGACUGCAUUACCCACCACAGAAUCUCAGACUAAUACCACCACAGCAGCUCCUACUACAACACUUACACCCACUACGACUGCAUCCAACACCACCACAGCUGCCCCCACAACAGCCAAUACCACCACAGCUGCCCCCACAACAGCCAAUGCCACCACAGCUGCCCCCACAACAGCCAAUGCCACCACAGCUGCCCCCACAACAGCCAAUGCCACCACAGCUGCCCCCACAACAGCCAAUGCCACAACAGCCAAUGCCACCACAACAGCACAUGUUCCCACCACUACUGCCACUCCAAAACCGCAGCCCACCCCUCCUGCUAACCUGACCGUGGGAAACUACACUCUUAAGUCGGAGAAGGGUCUGUGUCUGAUGGCCCAGCUGGCCCUGCAGAUCAGAGUGGAAGACACUGGAAAGACAGGAGUAUUCAUCGUUCAACCAGCGAAGACAAUUGUUAAAGGGGGUUGUGAGAAAUCCACGGCCAACUUAACCCUCACGUUCAAGGAGGGCUUCAUCACCUUCAUGUUUAAUAAGAACACCACCCAAAACGCUGUCUAUGUCGACACGGUUUCUUUCUCUCUUUCCUACCCGUUAGCAUCUGGAGACAACGGCAAAAUGUCUCCACCUUACGUCGCCAAAAAUGGGUCACUGGAUCUCUUCCUCGCUAAGGUUGGCCACUCCUACUCCUGCAAGAGCGAAUCAGUUUUCAUGGGAAAAGGGCUCUAUCUGGACAUCACCCAGGACAGGAUACAGGCCUUCAACAUCACCAAGGAGUGGGACUUCGGCACAUCUGACCCUUGCCCCGCCGACAGACCUGCUGACUACCGCGUGGCCAUCGCUGUGGGGAUUGUCCUCCUUAUCCUCAUCAUCAUCGUGGUGGUGGCCUAUCUCCUGAGCAGGCGAAAAAGAUCAGAUGGCUACCAGUCUCUCUGAAGAGCCACUCAGGGGUCAAAGGGCGCACUGUAUCAGCUCACAGUCUCAAUCCACCCACCAUCGUGUUUUUGUCACUUGCUGUUAACUGUUAACACUGCUGUAACCCCAACUGUUCACACAUCAACUAAUUGUACCGCUCACACACAAACUAUCUAACUGUACCGCUCACACACAAACUUUCUAACUGUACCGCUCACACACAAACUUUCUAACUGUACCGCUCAGGCACAAACUAUCUAACUGUACCGCUCACACACAAACUAUCUAACUGUACCGCUCACACACAAACUAUCUAUAUGGAUAAGAUGAGGGAAUAUUUCAGCGUUGUAGACCAGCAGUUUCAUUGAAGUUGAUUUGUACAUUCAUUAAUUGCGGUGGAUCAAAUGUAUUGGAUCAGAUACUAGGAUUCAAAUAUACUGACUUUGAAUAUACUCACUCUGAACUCUUUGGCUGCUGAACAUUUUAGAUUGUGUCAUUUGUGCUACUGUGAUAUCCGGUGUUACUGUGAUAUCCAGUGCUACUGGGAUAUCCGGUGCUACUGUGAUAUCCGGUGCUACUGUGAUAUCCGGUGUUACUGGGAUAUCCGGUGCUACUGUGAUAUCCGGUGCUACUGUGAUAUCCGGUGUUACUGUGAUGUCCGGUGCUACUGUGAUAUCCGGUGUUACUGUGAUGUCCGGUGCUACUGUGAUAUCCGGUGCUACUGUGAUAUCCGGUGUUACUGGGAUAUCCGGUGCUACUGUGAUAUCCGGUGCUACUGUGAUAUCCGGUGUUACUGUGAUGUCCGGUGCUACUGUGAUAUCCGGUGUUACUGUGAUGUCCGGUGCUACUGUGAUAUCCGGUGCUCGACAAACCAUCAACUAUUGUGUCUGUAUUUGCUUUACCUUCUACGUCAGAAACUUUCAGUGCAGUAUUUCACAAUGUGCUUUCUACUAUAGCUGGAUUUUGAACCUAUUUGGUUAUUUUUUUUUUCUUCUUCUUAUUAAUUUCUUUGUGUUUGUACCACUGUCCUCAACCCUGUAGAACGGUCUAUUAGGCUAUUUGAUUUCCGAAUCCUAAUCUAGAUGAGGUUAAUCAUGGGCCUUUUUAAAAAAAAAAAAAAAAAAAAAACGUAUUCCACUCAGUUAAUCAAAGGGAAUGUUUCAGAUUUUAAAUGUUAAGUUUUGUCCAAAAGGGAGGCAUACUUUUGAAUGUAAAUCUCGCAAUUUGUGUUUUCAAUUUUUUUUGUCUAUUUGUCUCAAGUGUUUAGUUGACCAUUAUUUGCUGUUACACACUCUUUCCCUUGUGACGUGGUAAUAAUUUGGUAUGUAAACAUGUUUGAGAACAUUUUAUUAGUCGAAUGUGACAACCAUAAGUAAUUGCAGGACCACUGGUUGUUUAUCUUGUCAACUUUGACAGUGGUCAGAUAGCUUGAGGUAGAAGCUGCCUUUAACCACAGAUAUAGAAUCAGGUGACCUCAACCGGCCAAUCAUAAGGAGGAAAAAAGGAAUACAAGUAUAUGACUCUGGGGCAAAUUGCAUUGUAAGGGAUUACAUUUGGGAUCAGAAAGCACAUUGAACAAGUUCUGACUCAUCUAAACGUAGGGAAUAUUACUGUUAUAUGUUGCCAUAGUUACAGGUUCCUAAUGUUGAUCAGGGGCCUCAAUUACUAUUCUUUUAGUUUAAUUUAGUAAAAAUGUAUUUUGAUUUGUUUACAUGUUAUUAUGUGCCAUGUAUCAUCUUGGAAAAAAAGGUUGAGAAAUGAAAACAUCCCAAAUAAACUUGUAUUAAUGUGUAAA